AUGCUAUGGAUUACAUCACAGAAGUGGCAGGAAGAUGUUGUCUAUCCCGUUCUGAUUGAAAGCAGAAGCGGCAGUUCACAUGGCGCUGUUCAAGUGACUAAGGAUUACAUCGUUAACUUAGAGGAAUCCAGCGUCUUGGGAGAGAAUUUGUUUUACACCGAUACUCUAAAUGGGAAGGUAACCCACGAGUUGAUGGAUACCACAUCACUACGCAAUAGCGUUUAUGAAAACUCGGAACACGCAGCUUCUUUUACUAUAACUAAAACACCAACGGGGAUAGAAAUGGAAGGUUACCUCAAUUUUAAGCACGGAAUUAAGCCCCUGAGAAUAAAUGACAGAUCUGGACGAAUUCCUCACAAAAUAUUUCCCCUUCCGAAGCUUGAGGGAGAGAUUGAUCUUGAUCUUCCGGCAGAUGAACAUCUGAAUGAAAGUCCAGAGCCACGUGCUGAUGCAGAGCUUCCCGAUGUGUGGCGACCUGAAAUGUACAUCAUGAUUGACUGCUCAAUAAACGAGUACCUGAGAGGUAUCAAAAGGCUACAAGUGCUUUACAUCGUAAGGCUUAUGAAUAUCGUUAAUGCAAUAUUCAAGACGGUCAAGAAACCCCAAAUAAACCUCCAACUUGUUGGAAUAUAUCGGUUCCAAACAAAACAGGAUGAGCCAUUUAUUGUGGAGGAAGAUGGCUUCAUCGAGGGGCAUGAAACGUUGGAUGCCUUUGGUAAUUUCACAAAGCAUACAUCGUUUGCGAGACAUGCAAAUCUCUACUUUUUGCUCGCUGGGCGUCGCUUAGGAAAACGAAACAAAGAAGGGAAAAUAUCUCCGAAUAUUCUUGGUUCCGCGAACUCCGGACGGGUUUGUAUGAGGGGCACAAAUGUAGGGAUUGGUGUGGAAGUUCCUCUUCUUUACACUACUUUCACGAAUAUAGCCCACGAAAUUGGACAUCUGCUUGGGAGCACGCAUGAUAGCAAAGGUCCACUUUUCGAGGGUCAUCCAGGUGCUUUAGCCUGCAAGCCACCACCAAGCCACUUUAUGGGCAUUACGUCUGGACCGCCUUUCACGUUUUCUAAUUGCAGUGAAAAAGAAAUGGAAUAUGUAUUAAAGCUGCGUGGAAAGGACUGCUGGAAGACGCAAUCCUACAACGACUUUUUCAAUGCGACUAAGGAAGUCGCGGGCUCAACAAUUACACCGGAGACGUUCUGCCACCGCAUUAAUCCGGAGCAGCCUGUUUCAGCAGAGACGGAGAACUGCUUCAUAAUAUGCAUAAGAAAAGGAAAAAGUAUCAAACGUUACCCGGCCCCAUUCGGCUACCCUUGCGGAGAUGGAAAGCGGUGCUGGUUUGGUACUUGUGAAGACAUUACUAACAAAACACAAAGCGACCUUUGUGCCGGGUAA